GCGGGGAGGGCGGGGAGGAGGGAGGGGCCGCCCCGCGGAUCCGCCAGGCCCCCCAGUCCGCCCCGCCAGGCCCCCAGCCAGCCAGCAUGCCCGGGGAGGCGGCCCGCGCCGAGCUGCUGCUGCCCGCGGGGGGCGGCCCGGGCCCCCGCACAGCCGAACCCCAGGAUGCUGCUGCCUCUACACCCAGUGGGGACCUGCCCACGCCCGAGGAGCUGCCCAUGCGGGGGGACCUGACUCCAGGGCCGGCCCCUCUCCCCCUGGCCUUCCUCCCCGCCAAGCGCGGCGACCGGCCGCAGCCAGAGGGGGCCAGCUCGGACGCCGGAGCGGGCAGCGCUAGUUCCGGCCGAACUGCCUUGGGAGAGUGCAGCCCCGUGGUGGGGCCCCCAAAAGGACUCCCCGAGGAGCCCCUCAUCCUGCAGAGUCUGGAGCCUCGGGUGGUGAUGGGCGAAGAAACAAGCAGCAGCGGGCCCCAGCGGGCCCCCCCGGAGCUGCCCAAGGAGCCGCCGGCCGCCGCGCCCCUGACGGGGACGGAUUCAGAGCUCAGGGACUUGGAGGGCAAGCGGGCUGGCCCCAGCCCACCCCCCGAGCUGCUCUCUCAGGGCGACCUCCCUGUGCCUUCCCCCCGCCCGGACCCGGACCCUUACUUCACAGCCCCCUCCACCCCCACCAAGCUGGCCUGCUCCUACCUGUUCACACACUCUCUCUGCCUGAGCGAGGAGCUCAGCGACGCCGAGGCGGACCUCCUGGGCUCCCCACCCACUUCCCCCUCGGGCUCCUACAUCACCGCCGAGGGGGGCAGCUGGGCCUCCUCCAGCAGCUUCAGCACAUCCCCGUCCUGCUCCCCCAACCUGCUCGUGGAGACCGAGGGGCUGGACGCCCCCGAGAGCGGGGACUUCUCCCUCCUCUGCCCCAACGAGGAGGGGGGCCAGGAGAGCUCCCUCGGGGGGGCCUCCGACUCGGACAACACGGAGCUCCUGCCGGCGGGCCCUCGGGACCUGCCCUCCUCCGAGUCCAGCCUCUCUGGGGACAGCGGCUCCUCCUGGAGCCCGGGGCAGGGGGGGGACGCCUUCCCGGGCCUCGGCUUUCCGGGCGGCGACCCCAUGAUCCCGGCCACCUUGCUGCCUUUCCGGGGCAGUCUGAUCUUCGAGGCCGAUGCCGUGGAGAUCAUGGCGCUGCCCCAGGAGGAAGCGCCGAGCCCAGAGAGCGAAGGGGAGGACGACAGCACCUCGGCCUCCUUCCUGCAGUCCCUGUCCGAGACCUCCAUCAACGAGGGGGUGGACGAGGCCUUCGCCUUCCGGGACGACACGUCGGCCGCCUCUUCUGACUCCGACUCGGCCUCCUACGCCGGGGAGGAGGACGAGCGGCUCUACAGCGAGGAGCCCCACGCUCAGCCCCCGGGCCCUCUCUGGUUCGGCUCCCCGGAGGCUGGGGACGGCUUCACGGGCAAGGAGGAGGCGGCACCUGCCCCACUCCCGGCCCAGGGCCCAGGGCUCAGCUCAGGGGGAGAGCCUGCUGCCAUGGCCUCGACCCCUCGGACCCCACAAGGAGCAGACCCAGAACCCACUGCGGUGUCAGUGACCUCUCGGACCCCACAAGGAGGAACCCUAGAACCCACUGCGGUGUCAGUGACCUCUCAAACCCCACAAGGAGCAGACCUGGAACCCACUGCGGUGUCAGUGACCUCUCAAACCCCACAAGGAGCAGACCUAGAACCCACUGCGGUGUCAGUGACCUCUCAAACCCCACAAGGAGCAGACCUAGAACCCACUGCGGUGUCAGUGACCUCUCAGACCCCACAAGGAGGAACCCUAGAACCCACUGCGGUGUCAGUGACCUCUCAAACCCCACAAGGAGGAACCCUAGAACCCACUGCAGUGCCAAUGACCCCUCAAAUCCCGCAAGAAGCAGAUCUGGAACUCACUGCUGUGCCAGUGACCCCUCGGAUCCCACAAGAAGCAGACCUGGAACCCACUGCAGUAUCAGUGACCCUUCGGAUCCCACAAGGAGCAAACCUGGAACCCACUGCGGUGUCAGUGACCUCUCAAAUCCCGCAAGGAGCAGACCUAGAACCCACUGUGGUGUCAGUGACCCCUCAGAUCCUGCAAGGAGCAGACCUAGAACCCACUGCACUGCCAGUGACCCCUCAGACUGCACAAGGAGGAACCCUAGAACCCACUGUGGUGUCAGUGACCUCUCAGAUCCCACAAGGAGCAGACUUAGAACCCACUGCAGUGUCAGUGACCCCUCAGACUGCACAAGGAGGAGCCCUAGAACCCACUGUGGUGCCAGUGACCUCUCGGACCCCACAAGGAGCAGACCUAGAACCCACUACAGUGUCAGUGACCCCUCAAAUCCCACAAGGAGCAGACCUAGAACCCACUGCACUGUUAGUGACCCCUCAGACCCCACAUGAAGGAGCAGACCUAGAACCCAUUUCCACAGAAACAUCUCAGACCAUACAAGAAGCAGCAAAUCUUGAACCCAUUACCAUGAUAACAUUGCAGAACCUACAAGAAACAGCAGAUCUAGAAUGCAUGGCCACAGGUUCCUCCCAUUCCCAACAGGAAGGAAAUCUAGAACCCAUGGUCACAAGGACAUUCCAGACCCAACAAGAAGCAACAGAUCUAAAACCCAUGGCUAUAAAAACAUCCCAGACCCUACAAGAAGCAGCACAUCCAGAACCCAUGGCCAUGAAAAUAUCCCAGACCAUACAUGAAGCAGCAGCUCUAAAACCCAUGACCACAAGGACAUCUCAGACCACACAGGAAGCAGCAGAUCUAGAACUCUUUGCCAUGAGGACAUCUCAGACUAUACAGGAAGCAGCAGAUCUAGAAUCCAUGGUCACAAGGGUAUCUCAGACCCAACAAGAAGCAGCACAUCUAGAAUCCAUGGCCAUGAGGAUAUCCCAGAUCCAACAAGAAACAAUAGACCUAGAACCCACUGCCAUGAAGACAUCUCAUACCCUAAAAGAAACUGUAGGAUUAGAUCCCAUUGCCACGUUGAUGUCUCGGACCACACAAGAAGCAGCAGAUCUAGAAUCCAUGAUUGUGAAGACAUCUCAGAACGAACAGGAAAAUGUAGACCUACAAUACAUUGCCAAGAACACAUCUCAGACCCUACAAAAAACAGUAGGCCUAGAACCCAUUGCCACAAAAAUAUCUCAGACCCUACCAGAAACAGUAAACCUAGAACCCAUUGCCAGAAAUGCUUCUCAGAUCCAACAAGAAGUUGCAGUCCUAGAACCCAUUGCCACAAACACAUCUCAGACCCUACAAGAAACAGUAGUCCUAAAACCUGUUGCCAAGAACGCACCUCAGCCCCGACAAGAAGAGGGAGAUCUAGAACCCAUUGCCAAGAAUGCAUCUCAAACCCAACAAGAAACAGUAGACCUAGAACCCAUUGCCAAGAAUGCACCUCAGACCCAACGAGAAGAGGGAGACCUAGAAUCUGUUGCCAAGAACGCACCUCAGACCCAACAAGAAGAGGGAGACCUAGAACCCGUUGCCAAGAACGCACCUCAGACCCGACGAGAAGAGGGAGACCUAGAACCCGUUGCCAAGAACGCACCUCAGACCCGACAAGAAGAGGGAGACCUAGGACCCGUUGCCAAGAACGCACCUCAGACCCGACGAGAAGAGGGACCCUCUGCCACGAUGCCAUGUGAGACCACACAAGAAGCAGUAGGUUUAGACCACAUUGCUGGGCCAGUGACCCCUCCGGUCCUACAAGCAGCAGGUGCAGAACCCCAUGCUGUGACGUCUCAGACAUCACAAGAAGUGAGCCCAGAACCCACUGCUGCAGCAAUGCCCCCUCACCCUCCACAAGAGGCGGGCGUCACCUUAGGCCUGGGGAUGUCUCGGGCGGAGAGCCCCCUGCCAACAGCGGAGACCCUCCCUGCGGUGAGGCAGGAGGAGGGCGAGAAACCAGAGCGCCCCCAAGAUCCAACUGCAGGGCUGGACGCGCGGGGGGCUCUUGCUGCCGGUGCCAGCGCAGAGGAGGGAGCUGAACCGCUGAGCCCCCAGAGAGAAGCUCCACCAGAGGCUCGGGAGCCGGCCGACGGCCAAGGCCGAGGCGUUGCGGGGCAGGCAGGGCCGGCCGCUAAGAGUGAAGGCUGGGAGCCUCUGGCGGAGCAGAGCUAUGCGGUCGUUUCUAAAGGCUCCGAGGAUGCCCCGCCAAGGGGCCUCAGUGGGGAAGGGCGUCCCCCCGGCUCCCCGGAGCGCACCCCUCCGAGUCCUCCAUGCCCUCUGGAGCGCGAGGGCCCUGCUGCUGAGGACGAGAGCUCAGAGCAUCCCCCAGCCUCUCCCACCACGACGGACAAUGUCUCGGGGUCACCGGAUGCUCUCCAACCCUCCGAGGAGACUGGCUCUCCAGAGCCCAAUUCUGGAGCUAGUCUGGAGCACAUGGAUGUUCCAGAGGAGUUACUGGCAGAGGCCCCAUCUAAUCUGGAGGAAAAGUGCCCAGAGGGGCUGGCUCAGGAGCCUUUACCCCGAACGGGCCCCCCUCCUCAGCCCCGGAGAGGAGGGACCCAGUUCUUCAUCCCCCAAGGCGCCGUCCGACCUCCCCUUCACGCCCCCGCCCGAGGGACUUUGGCUGUUGCUCCUCUGCCCCUGGUGGACACUGACCAGUCUCGAGGCCCCAAACAUCUGGCGGAGAGAGCUCCUUCCUCUGUUUUGUCUUCAGCUGACUGUUCCCCCGAAGAGCCAGAAGGUCCCUCCGGGGAGAAGAGGCCCUUGCCUCGCAGCCCCCUGGGCAGGGAGAAGCCGCCCAAGCCGGCAGCUGGCCCGAACCACAAAGUGGGGAAAUCGCAGCCCCGCUCUGCUGCUCCUGUGCCCCCCUUCAGGGAGCCCCAGACCUCUUCUGCCCCCCUUCUAACGCCCAGCGCACUGGCUCCCCAGUCCCCUUCUAGCCCAGAGGCCUCAAGCAAUAAGGGCCCCCCACUUCCCGUGGCCCAGAAGCAAGAAGGGGGUAGGGUGGAGGGAGCGGCCUCUUCCUCGACCCAGGCUGUCUCAGGGAACACCCCCCCACUGGCCUUGUGCCCCUCAGACCUGGGCACAGUAGCAGCACGGAAAGCAGGCUCUCCCCGGCACCGGUCCCCCAGAGGUCAAGCCCUAGUGUCCCCCAGAACACCAACCUCAAAAGUGGUCCCCUAUGCCAAAGACCAGGCCCCAGGAGGGUCUGCUGAGGUGAUCUCAAGCCCGUGUUCCAGGGGGCUCUGGGCAGGGCAGGCUCCCGCGGCGGGGUCUGCCCCUCAGGUGGUUCCCCACCCCCCCACUCCCAGCCAAGUGCCUCCAGGCCCUGCCCCUGGCCCAGGGCUCUGGGCCCCCACUCUCCCCAGAGGAGGGCCGGCUGCUGCUCGGCGGGAGGAGUGCAGUACGGGAGAUGCGACCUCUCCCCCCGGGCCCCGGCGGAGCAGAGAAGGUUCCAAGCGGCCAGCGGCGCGGGCCUUGGUGCAGUCCCACUCGAGCUCCUCGAGCGAGGCAGAACCCCUUUCCCGAUGCACAGAACUGGAGGAGCUGCGGCUGGCAGCCGACUCGGCCCUGCGCCCUGCGCCCGGGGCGCUCCCCCACCGCAGCGCAUCCCGCAAUGAUUCUGAGAGUAAUGGGGAGUCUCUUCCCGAUUUGGAGGACCCAGAUAGCACUGAACCACAGACUGCACCAUCUCAGGCUCAGCUGGCUCACUCCGUGGGAAGUGGCGAGGAGACAGCCAAUAAAGCCAAGCAGAGUCGGAGCGAGAAGAAGGCCCGAAAGGCCAUGUCAAAGCUGGGCCUUCGGCAGAUCCACGGAGUCACCCGAAUCACCAUCCGGAAGUCCAAGAACAUCCUCUUUGUCAUCUCCAAGCCUGAUGUCUUCAAAAGUCCGGCGUCAGACAUCUACAUAGUCUUCGGGGAGGCUAAGAUCGAGGACUUAUCCCAGCAAGUGCACAAGGCAGCAGCCGAGAAGUUUAAAGUGCCGGCUGAGCCCUCGCCCAUCAUCACAGAGACGGCGCCCGGCCUCAGCAUCAAGGAGGAGAGCGAGGAGGAGGAGGAGGUGGACGAGACCGGGCUGGAGGUGCGCGACAUCGAGCUGGUGAUGGCGCAGGCCAACGUGUCUCGAGCCAAGGCCGUCCGGGCGCUGAGACACAACAAUAACGACAUCGUCAAUGCCAUUAUGGAGCUGACCAUGUAGCCACUGCCCUGCCCGGCCAGCUCCACCCCACUCCCCUUUGCCCCUGCAUCCCUCAACUUAAUGCUGCUCAAUAAACCUGUAUUCACUCCC